AUGUUCUAUCAGGCAAGACCCAGGAGCAAUGGCAUGUCGCGGGCGGCGGCUUCCCUCGUAGUCCCUUGUGUUCAUCAAACCAUCAUCGCACUCCAUGGACACACGCCAUCAGUAUCAGUUGACUUGUUCUCACCUCCCUGCGUACCUGCGGAGAGGCUAUGCUUAAUCCGUCGUCGGCAUUACGAGCUACGGCCACAUUUCUUUGGGUACUGGGAUAAGACGCCGCGAACCCGCGCCGUUUUGGGGGUGACGCCGGCGGGAGGGGAAGAGAACGAACAGGUUUGGUUCUGCCCCCUGCAUCGGAACGGCGGGCUUCUCAAAACUCAAAACUCGGGACUGAGCCUCAACGUAGGGCAAGAGUCGCUUGUCCACUUGACCAGCGUGGGGGGAAGGUUCGCUUGUCAGAAGCUCUGGUUGCUCAUUGGCCUGAAUGCGUAUUUAGAUAUUGACCAGUUUGGCGAGUUGCCGAGGGCUACCAGUCGUGAACUAAACCAUCUCAGAGCAACGCGUGUGCAACACCAUGACAUAUCCCGCUGGCGAAUGGACGCUGGCAAGUACGGAACGGAUACGGACACUUAA